AUGGAAUUGCAGGAUAUUGUUCACACCUACAACCCCUUUGCUUCUCAAUUUUUGAGAGUAUCUUCUAUGAUCGCUACUGGCGUUCCUAACAUAUCCUUAAACUUAAAAUCUACUCCAAAUUUUGACGUACGUUAUUGCAAUAAACCUACCUCAUCUGAAAUAGCAGUAUUAUUACCUGGUGAUGGCAGUGAUCAUAUAGCCCAUAGAGAUAUUAUCUUAAAAACUCUAUCUGGUCCUUUAAGACGUAUUAAUGAGCUCCAUUCCUCAUACGAUCCCUUGCAAUAUGUUCUUCUAUUUCCCAGAGGCGAUAUUGGAUACCAUCCAUCCAUUCAUUAUAGAAACUCAACUAAUAAAUAUGUUACCUGCAGAGAGUACUAUACCUAUCGCUUUAUGGUCAGGCAGGAUGAUGAGAAUGUUAUUUUAAGAUCCAAACGUCUUUUUCACCAAUUUAUUGUCGACAGUUAUGCCAAACAGAAAACGCUUCGAUUAAAUUUUAUACGUAAUAAUCAAUCCAAAUUACGCGCCGAACUCUAUCAAGGCAUACAUGAUUCUAUUUUAGAGGGAGAUACUAAUGCUGACAAUCUUGGCAGAAGAAUAAUUUUGCCUUCUUCUUUUACCGGUGGCUCAAGGAGGCAUAUGCAUCAGCUUUAUCAGGACGCAAUGGCUAUUGUACGCUGCUUUGGUAAACCAUCAUUAUUCAUUACUUUCACCUGCAACCCUAAAUGGGAUGAAAUAAUGCGUGAAUUAUUUCCUCAUCAGACCCCAAACGACCACCCAGAUUUAGUUUGUCGCGUUUUUCGUCAAAAAUUAAAAUGUCUAAAAAAGGAUUUGCUCUAUUAUCAUGUUCUUGGCAAAGUCAUCGCUUAUAUAGAUGUCAUAGAAUUCCAGAAAAGAGGUUUGCAUUGUCAUAUGUGCCUUAUACUAGAUAAAUCUCAUAGGCUACCAACGGCUGAUACUUAUGAUGAUGUAGUUUGUUCUGAAAUUCCUAACAAAAUAACUGAGUCUAAGCUGUUUCAAAUUAUUAGCAAUUUUAAUACACAUGGGCCAUGUGGUAUUACAUUUCCUAAUAGUCCCUGCAUGAUUGAUGGAAAAUGCUCAAAAAAAUAUCCUAAAUCAUUUGUGGAUACCUCUUCUAUUGAUAAGUAUGAAAUUUGUUCAUCUGUCCAGUCCAUAAAAUACCUUUAUAAGUAUUGUUACAAAGGCCAUGACAGAACUACUGCUUCCGUUUCCAUUAAUAAUGUUGAUGAAACUACCCAGUUCAUUGAUGCUCGAUAUAUAUCCGCCAUAGAAUCGCUAUGGCGUACUUUGGAUUUUGAAAUGCAGGAUCAUUCUCCUGCAGUCUAUCGUUUAGACCUUCAUCUACCCAAUCAACAUAUAAUCCUUUUUCAAUCAAAUACUGAUAUAAAUAAUAUCUUAACUAAAAAUCCUGGUACAAAAUUAACCGAAUGUUUUAAAAUUAAUCAACUUGACACAGAUGCCAGACAUUAUAUUUAUGCAGAUUUUGUAAGAUAUUAUGUGUGGAAACCUCUAUCUAAACAGUGA